AUGGCAGCCUGUGCAUUCAUAGUGAUUGAUUCCCAACUGGAUCGAAUUCGAGCUGAGAAUACAGUUGAUAUCUUCGGAGCGGUCAAUCGUAUGCGAACUCAGAGGAAUUUUAUGGUUCAAACAGAGCAACAGUACGCAUUCCUCUACGAAGUGAUGGUGGAAGCGGUUCAACUGACCGGGAGUGAAGUCUCUGCCCACUCGCUCUACAACUAUGUCAUGAAACUGCGGCAAACUGCUCCUACUUCCAUGGUAUUAAUGUACCUUGGCGACCAAAUUCCACGAUCAGGCAUGAAAUCAAACUUCCCUCAAAAUAUCACAGCACUUGAAUUAGAGUUUCAGACAGCGAUAAAUGGAAACUGA